CAAGAUAAAUUCAAUUUUAUUUAUUUCCUUUUGAGCCACUUUUAUGACUUGGACCACAUAAAUGCUCUUUUUGAUGUUGUAAAUAAUAUGUCCCUUUUUUGAUGUUGUAACAUUGAUCUGUCCCAAGGGUUUGUUUUCAGAGUGUAAUUGCAUGGACAGGACUUUUCUGAUUGGUAAAAGCCCUGUGUGAUUUCACACUUUUCACUCUGCCCUUAAGUCAAAAAGUCAAAGGAAAUUAUCAUCCUUAAACUGCAGAGAAAACAAUGCACUUUUGAUAAUUGUUUGCAAAAGGAAAUUCACUUUUGCUUGAUUUAUUUGAAGGACCCCUGCCUUCACUGCCACAGUUUGAGGGAGAUUACCUUUUUGUUGCAGUAGGUUUUAGACAUUGGAUUGGCUUAUUUUGAACCCAGCAGGGAUCAAGAAGAUUUGACCUGAUAAAGAUGAUGGGCUUGUAGGGUCUCUCUGUUUUGAGAAAAUACACUCAGCAGGGCAGUAUAAAGCCUGACAGAACACUGACUGGCUUCACUAUUGAGAGUGAUCUUUGGCUAGAGGACCUCCUGCCCCCACACUCCUCCCAUAUGUUGUGACAUGAAGUACAUGUAUGUUGACAUCUUCAUUCUGGUCCUGGAUUUCUGUGAUUACUUCAUGUUUUAAUUUGGAAUUUAAGACUGCUUGAAACCAAACUUUUGGGACUCUGAACUUGUUAGUAUGUGUACCUUGGUUUUGUCUCCUUUCCAGCAAAAAUACUACAGGUCACGAAUGGAUAUAUUCUUCACAGAUUUCUUAUAUGAUGACUCAUAUGAAAUGUCGACCCCUGCCAUCCGCCGUCGACACACAGAUGCAGACAAAUUGGUCAACAGGCUGAAGAAUUCCAUGCCAGACAAAUUUCGAGUCAUGGUUCAAAUGCAUCUGUCCUUCAUUUUGGAUUUAAAUGGAUCUAAAUUAGAAGAAAUGUUCAAAGAACCGGAAAAAGUGGAAGUAGUGUCUAAAAGAAAAAGUGCUACUCCAUUCUCUAAAAAGAAAGAUAAACACACCAGUGUUCUAUUUGGGGCUCAUUUAAGUGAUGAAAAUAUCGCUCGUAUAUAUCCGCUGAUAGAGUUCCUUAGCCGUCCAGACAAUUUAAAGACUGAGGGUUUGUUCAGAAAGACAGGAAAUGUUUCUCGCCAACGCUUGUUGAAGGAAUGGCUAAAUGAGGGGGUGGAUCUGUGUUUUGACCAAGAAACUUUUACACCCCAUGACUGUGCAACAAUCCUGAAAAACUACCUGUCUGACCUCCCCGAACCUCUGCUCUUGGACAGACACUACCAGGCCCAUCUACAAGUUGUUGACAUGAUGUCAUGUGCUGUGUUGGAGACAGAGAAGAUUAAGGCCCGCAGUAAACAGAUGAAAGCUCUGCAGCUGAUGUUUCUGGCUCUUCCCCCAACAAAUGCCCUUCUCCUGGAGUGCCUCAUUGAUAUGCUUCAUCGAGUGUCAAGAAUCUCGGAAAACAUGAUGACAUCACAGUCGCUGGGAACUGUGUUUGCUCCUUGUUUAUUGUGCCCAAGAAAGAUGCCACCUGAAGAAUUGCAAGUUAUCACCCCUAAGCUUAGUCAAGCCAUAUCCUUUAUGGUAGAAAAUGGUUCUAAAAUUUUUAAACCACCAAAAGAACUAGCAGCAGACAUAGCCAACUUUUGGCGAGAAAUGGAAACACCUAGCAAGUGCAAUAAGGUCAAGAGUGAUGGUGACCAUGAGAAAUCCAGCUCCAGUCUGUACAGUGCCAAGAAGUACGGAAGUACGCAGGCGGUAAACACAGUGAUUUGUUUUGCUGAGAGGAAGUCCUCCAGUGACUCGGAUUCUGAUACCCAGGUUGCUCUGGCCAAACUGUAUGCUCAUGUACAAAUGAUGCCAGAUUCCUCGAAAAAGAAGAAAUUACUCAAGCAGUUCAACCAGGCCAGUGGUACAGCUCCUCCCAAAAAACACUCCAGGAGCAGGACUUUGGGGGAACAAAUAAAGAAACAUUUUGGAGGUUUACACAGGCAUCACAAGAGGAGAAGCUCCAAUGAAGCCAGUAAGCUGACAACAGAUUUACCCUGGUCACUUACAAAAACCAUCAACAUUGAUGAAAAUGAUAAUAAUAUCCACCACAAUGAUGUGUUCAUCACAAAAACUCCAGAUGGCAAGACAAAGAUAGGACUGAAACAGCCUGGCAGUCCUGCCGUUCAUAUAGUGGACCUGAGCAAAACCCCAACCCAUCACAAAAAGGUUAAAUCAAGAAAGAGGCAGAACAGUGGUAGUAGUGAGGGGAGUAUUCCGGAAAAGCGACCUUCACCUGAAAAGAUCACCAAGGUUCCCUGCACAGAGAAUGAGAUUAACUACCUUGCCAGCAUACCCCAUGAACGUAGACACUGCCCCUGUACCCCAAAACAGCUGCACAUCAAACCCAUAGCCAUGGUGUCACCGAUGAACCAGUCUCCAAUAUCCGAGUCUGUCAAAAAGAUUUCCUCCAGAUCACAAAAAGCCAUGCACACUCCUCGUUCCAGAACACCUCUUCUAGUCAUCCAAUCACCGACAAACAUUUCUAGAGAAAGUGUGCUGUGAAAGAUCUUAUAGUGUCCAAUAGCUAGUGCUAAACAUUCCAUAUCAAAGUCACAAAUAUUUGUUGUGUGAAAUUGUACAGAAAGUGCUGUGUAUAUCCUUUGUACAGUGUAUAUAAAAUAGUGGUAAAAUGGGGAGACAACUUCAUAAGUUGCGGCAUGUCUGUGAAGACAGUGGCAAAAUCUCCCUGCAUUAUAAUUAUAUGUAAUGUGCCAUUACAAACUUCUCACAGAGGAUUAACAUGUGAUCAUUAGACAAACUUCUCACGGAGGACUAACGUGAUAAUUAGACAAACUUCUCACAGGGGACUAACAUGUGAUCAUUAGACAAACUUCUCACGGAGGACUAACAUGUGAUAAUUAGACAAACUUCUCACAGGGGACUAACAUGUGAUCAUUAGACAAACUUCUCACAGGGGACUAACAUGUGAUCAUUAGACAAACUUCUCACAGGGGACUAACAUGUGAAAUGCAUUAAAAUGCUUUAAGCUCAUUUAAAAUGAUGGGUGUUGAGAGAGAUUUUUACAUUGUAGUGCUUAGUUCUCUAUGCUGAUCUGUUCUCCUUUCUACCUUCACAAUCUUAUCUUCAUCUAUUCUUAGACUAAGGCACUUUGAUAAUCCACUGUUCCUCACACCAAUACUCUAUGAAUAGCAACAAUGCUGUAUGAUGAAUUUAUAUGUAAUAUGGUCUUGGUGUGUAUUCUUUUUGUCAGGAGAUUACUAAGUACAUGUAUAAAAUAAUUAUUACCUCAUAUAAAUGUAUUAAUACUAUUUUGUCUUCUGUUUAAUACAUAAUUAAAGAUGAAAAUUAC